AUGGAUGACCGCAAGAUCAUCACGGGAAGAGCUCGUCACAACCCGACCGCUGAUCCAGUGUUAGUGGAUAUUGGACGCUCUUUCUUCGGUUCCCAGAAGCGACAGCCGUCAGACGAGUCAGUAGAUCGGAUGGAUGAUCGACUGAAGGUAACAUCUAGGAUGGGGAACCAUCGGAUGCAAGCAGCGAUUAGCAAUACGACGGGUUCUAUCACAAAACUGGCCAACAAGAAGAAGAAUAUUCAGAUUCCGCUAUCGUUGGACGUAAGGUACUACCAGGCGUUCCAAGACAAAGGUCCGAAAUCCGGUGCGUAUGCGUUCCGUCCGGACUCGAACAAAACGCACCCGGUGACUGGCAAACAUGAAGCCAUGUCGAGCUUAGUAUCAGAUGUGUCAAUGGUAGAGCUGCAGACGACGAGUCUCGUCGCUGAUGAUGCUGAUGGUGGCCUCGUCAGUGUGCCGCGCGUGGCGUUUCGAAUAGGCCACUGGGUCAUGCUGGAGUACCGCAUGAACGACGACGACGAGUUCCUGGAGAUCGAGUGGACAGUCGGACCAGUCCCAAUUGACGACAAAAAGGGCAAAGAGGUCAUCAUGCGCUUUGAUGCCGGCAACAGCAUCGCCUCUGGUAGUACGCUGUACACGGACUCGAACGGUCUCGAGUUCGUAAAGCGUGUGCGCAACCAUCGUGACACGUGGAAUUUGACUCUGCAUGACAACCAGGAGAAAGUGGCGGCAAAUUACUUUCCCAUCACCACGGGCGCGUAUAUCAAGGACGAGAAGCGCCAGUUGAACUUGGUGACCGACCGUGCGCAAGGAGCCGCGAGUUUGAAGGACGGACAGAUGGAAGUGAUGGUUCACCGGCGUCUGCUUUGUGACGAUAAUAAGGGAGUAGGCGAACCCUUGAAUGAGACAGAGUUGGUGUACAACACGGCCACGAAGUCGUACACUACUAAGGGUCUAACGGUGCGCGGCAACUUUUUCAUCAACGUAGACUCGGUCGACGAUGGCAUGCGCAGCAUUCGUUCGAAGAUGGAGUCGCAGUUCUUCCGUCCACUGACAGUAUACCGCAAACCUGUUUCAUUUGACGUGGAAGCAAAGGUACCAUGGCUGACAGUGGGCGAGUUCCCUUCGAAUGUAGGUCUGACAACGUUGCAGGAGCUAUCGAAGCAGUGUCUCAUGGUGCCUCUGUCGCACUUGUAUGCAGUGGACGAACACCCGCGCCUAUCGAAGUCUGCAACGGCGGGCACGAAAGGACUGUCACUAGAGAUGAAAGGAUUUGCGACGAGGUAA